UCCUCCCUCCCCUCGCUUCCCCUCUAUAGCUCCCCCUCGCCCUCCUCCGUCCAUAGGAGCUCAGCACCCCCCCCCCCCCCCCAAUCUACUCCUGCAUCCCUUCUCCCUCGCGCUUGGACCGGCGUUGCAUCCCACCUUUUCGCCAUGGCUGCCGUCGCCUCCACCUCCGCCGUUGCUACCACCUGCUUCUUGCAGAAGCCCCUGGCCACUCCUACCGGCCUCAGGUCUUCCGCUAGACCCGUCUCUGGUCUUCCCGCCCUGCGGAUGCCCAAGAUCGUAUGCUCGGCUGAGAAGAAGGAAUCGCAGACGGAGGAGCUCUCUGGCUUCCCCCAGCUCGCUGCUGCUGUGACGUCCGCGGCCACCCUCGCCUACGCACACCCAGUGUUUGCUCUUGUGGAUGAGAGGUUGAGCACGGAAGGGACAGGUUUGGGUCUUGGUAUCAGCAACACCAAGCUGACAUGGAUCUUGGUUGGCGUGACCGCCCUCAUCUGGGCAUUGUACUUCUCGUACUCCUCGACGUUGCCAGAGGGUGACGAUGACUCGGGUUUGGACUUGUAAACGAAGGAGCAGUGGCGCUAUUCUAGAAUACAUAUCGAACUGUUUGCGAUGCCGGUUCUUCUGUUCCAAUUAGCCGAUUUCUCAACGUGUACAUGUGUCCGAAACCUGAUAAAUUUAAUCAUGCGCACGACGGAAUCACCUUUUGGCGUGCACAUUUAGAUACAAAUGUCGCAUUGAUGUCUAUGUGAAGCAUGUCAAUAUAUCUCAGUAGGUAAUUCGAGUCAUUUCAUCUCCAAACACGCCCUAAUUAUAGAACUGGAAAGUGGCUACUGAACUCAACCAUUGCAGAUGGUUCAUAUGAAAGGACUGUUUCUUUCUCUUUGAUGUA